AUGGCGAUCACCUUCGUUGUGGAUUCAGUUGGAAUAACUAUGCUGCUCCAGCUUGAUAAACUGGAGGGCCAUGGUGGACCUGUUAAAUCCAUGGCGGCCACCGUAGAUGCUUUUGGGUGGACCACUCGGAUAUCUCUUGCGUACGACGUGGCUAAAGACGUUUUGUACUCAGCAUCUUGGGGUAAGACUGUGAAGGUCUGGAGAAUAUCCAAUCUCAAGUGUAUGGAGACCAUUGUUGCACACAACGAAGCCGUUAAUGCUCUCGCCAUCACCCCGGACAGGUUGCUUUACAGUGGGUCGGAUGACUGCACAGUGAAAAUGUGGGGCAGCAGGCGCACAAGGCUCAUUUUGAUGAGAAGGUUUCGGAUGCAGUACUCUUCUGUGAAGGCCCUGGCGCUUAGUGUGGACAGGUGCCAUCGACAUGCUGUUCUUUGCCUCUCUGUUAUGGGAAAAAAUUUGAUGUUUAGUGGGUCCGCGGAUGGCACAAUUCGAGUUUGGAUGAAGCCUGUGCUGUCUUGUCUCGCAGUUCUUCAAGGGUAUGGAAACCUUGUGAAAUGCAUCGCUGCCAUUAGAGAGGAUGGAUAUAAAUGCCUUGUAUUUAGUGGAAGCCCUGAUGGAGUAAUCAUGGUGUGGUGCGUUAGGAUCGACAUUGUUGCUCCUCUUGAGGACAUGCAGGAUUAUUCUCGACUGUAUAAGGGUUAG